AUGAAUUUAAAACACUAUUUCGGACUAAAAACGUUAUAUGUUUGCGCUUGGAAAGUACAUCGUAUAAAACAAAUGUUGUGUAAGAGUAUGAGUACUGAAGCAUCAUACGUAAUAGAGUCACCAUACAAAUUACAUAAGCUACAGGCUGGUCCUCCUACGAAAGCAAACCUUACUAGUGCCGAUGCGCUCAAAAUUUAUGAAAAGAUGGUAGUUAUGCGGCGAAUGGAACAAGCUUGUGCUGACUUGUACAAACAGAAAGUAGUCCGUGGAUUUUGCCAUUUAUAUGCAGGUCAAGAGGCAGUGGCGGUUGGUAUCCACGAGGUUAUGCGGAAACAGGAUUCGGUUAUAACUUCUUAUCGGUGUCAUGGUUAUACUCAACUGAUGGCCAAUGACGUUCUGGGGGUUAUAGCAGAACUUACAGGGCGCAAGACUGGCGUCUCACGUGGAAAAGGUGGUUCUAUGCAUAUGUACGCACCAAAAUUCUACGGUGGGAAUGGCAUUGUUGGUGCCCAAGUACCUCUGGGCGCAGGAGUAGCGCUUGCGCAUCAUUAUAAGGGUGAUGGUGGUGUGUGCUUCACUCUAUAUGGCGAUGGUGCUGCCAACCAAGGCCAAGUAUUUGAGGCGAUGAACAUGACAAUGCUGUGGAAGCUACCCUGCAUUUUCGUCUGCGAAAACAAUAAAUAUGGAUUGGGUACGUGUGCGAAUCGUUCAUCAGCAUCUACGGACUACUACACACGAGGUGAUUAUAUACCAGGCAUUCAUGCAGACGGAAUGGACGUGAUUGCCUGUAGAGAAGUUGCACGAUUUGCCAUCGACUACUGUACCAGCGGGAAAGGACCUAUUGUAGUAGAAACGGAAACAUAUCGGUAUUAUGGACACUCGAUGUCAGACCCGGGCACAUCAUAUCGUACCCGUGAUGAGGUUAAAGAGAUGCGCGAAAAGUACGAUCCGAUCAACACAUUUGCGAGAAAAAUUAAAGAAGCCAAGCUAGCCACGGAUGAGCAACUUAAGGCGAUCACGAAAAAAGUUCGCGAUGAAGUUGGAAAAGCGGCAAAACAAGCAGCGACGGAUCCAGUAGUGGGCCUGGAGGAGCUAAGUGCUGAUGUCGAAAAAUUGUGCCUUUUUCCAAAUCAAAUGCUUCGGGGCCUUCACCCAGGCAGUCCUCUGAAGCACUUUAAUUUACAAGGGUAG